CCGGUGUGGUAACCUCGCGGGAGCGCGUCAGCUGACCGCGUGAACGCCGUUCUGGGCUCGCGCGCUCCCGCGAGGUGGAAGUUUUUUCUGGAGUGUGGAGAGGGCGCGGCUGUUCACAACAGCAGGAAGUAAACCCCGGGACAUGACCACAGGCGAGCUUCCCCAUAAGCGAUAAUGUCGAGCAGCGGCCUCAUCCGACGCAUCCGCAGGACUCCUCAGCCCUCGACGCCGGUCCUGGUGUGCUCAAAGUUGGGAAUUUGCAUCCUCCCCGUUGCUCAGAUCGCCAUCGGUGCGGUCCACCUGGAGGACUGUCCCCUGCAGCGCUACAUCCCCAUCUACCUGAUAGUGUCGGGAGUCUUUGGGAUGGUGCUGGCGGUGCUCUCCUGCCUGCCCUGCACCAGAAGACCCGAAGGCGCCGCCGAAGACGGCGCCGAAGACGGCGGCCCGUCCACCCCGCUGAGUCGACUCUGCGCGGCCUGGAACUCGUUGACGUCUCUAUUCCUCUUCUGCUGGUUUAUAGCCGGUAAUGUGUGGAUCUACUCCAUUUACGAGCCCAACUACACCAGGAACUCAACACAUCCUCAAGCUUACUGCGACAAGACCCUCUACCUGUUUGCCUUCUGGACCACCACCUUAUUCUACAUCCUCCUGGGUCUCUUCCUGGUCGGCGGCUGCUGCGUCCUCUUCUGCUUCUUCCUGUGCGGCCGGGCCGACCCAGACGACGACGUUUAGGGACCAGCGAACCGACGAUGGAGGCGGUCACAGGACCUGAGCUGCCUGGUGUCGAUGCCCACCGAAUUCCAAGAUGCUGUAGAUUUGUCCAAAAGAUACCUGAGAUGUAUUGUUUACAUGUUGGACUUGCGCUUGAAUCAGAGUCCAAGAUAAAGUGAUAGAUUCUUUGCUCUUUGAGACCUUUUUGCGGAGUUUUUUGUGUUGCCAAUUUGUGUCAGAAUAAAACAAUCAAAUGCCACGUCUUUUCCCAUCAAGCAUCCUUUGUAAGACUAUAUAAGAUACAAUUUGAUGCCCAAGGAAUGGCACGUUCAAAGGGGGAACAAUUAUUUUUUGAU